AUGACUUCAACCCUUCACGAUAACUAUAAUUCUGAUCGCAUUGUGUUCCCAUCAUUCGAUGAAUUACCGCCCGUUCCAGGUCAGCCUCAAGGCUCCUUGUGGAAUUUCUUCGACAAGGACGGAAAGAAGGAUGAACUUGGAACUCUGAAUAUUUUGACGCCAUCUGUUGUGCGGGAGACAUCCGAGGAAAUACAGUUAGGGUAUCAUGUGCAACUGGACUGGCCCCUGGACAGGCUAGAGUUCCCAGGCCUUGGCCGCCAAAAGACUACCCAUAGCGUGAAGGAUAUGAGGCCCGAGGGGUUUGAAGGGCUCGAUGAUGAGAUAUUUAUGAACACACAAAUAAGUUCGCAAUGGGAUAGCUUGAAACAUUGGAGUAUCCAGAAGCAAGGCCUGUUUUAUAAUGGGCUUGACAUGAAGGAGGCAUUGGAGAGUCCGAGAAACGGAAUUCACAAUAUUUGUGAUCGAGGAGGAAUUGUCGGUCGGGGAAUAUUGGUGGAUUGGCUUAGGUGGUGGGAAAUUCACAACUCCGGCAAAACGCCCCCGUCGCCCAUCCAGAGUUAUGCAAUCUCUGUUUCGGAGAUCGAACAAGUUCUUAAGUGGCAAGGUACAGAAACGAAGCAGGGGGACAUUUUCAUAAUCCGUACGGGCUAUGUGAGAUGGUAUGAGCAAGCCGAUACCGCCACUCGUCGUCACGGUACGCAGGAGCAGAACUGUGCAAUUGGAGUUGCAAACACGAUCGAGACUGUGCACUGGCUGUAUGAUAAGCAUUUUUCCGCAGUGGCAAGUGACACUUUGAGCUUUGAGUCGUGGCCAUAUCCUGAAGCCUGUUGUUUACAUGAGUGGUUACUUUGCCAAUGGGGCACACCGAUUGGGGAGCUUUGGGAUUUGGAACAACUCAGCCGUAAAUGUGCAAGUCUGGGAAAAUGGAGCUUCUUUCUCACCAGUGCCCCAUUGCAUAUUAAGGGAGGUAUCGGAUCUCCCCCUGGUGCCAUUGCUAUCUUUUAG